AUGGCUUCCCUCAUGAAUGUCGGGCCCAUAGCAUCGGACCAACAGAGCUACUCCUUCGCAAACACUUCGACACCCAACGAGGCCUCAGGACCCCGACAACAUGGCUUCUACCCAUACACAGACAAUGGCGGCUCGACGCUAGGCAUCACAGGCAAAGACUUUGCGAUCUUAGCCGGCGACACACGGUCAACCUCAGGGUACAGCAUCAACUCACGAUUUGUGCCGAAGUUGUUCAAGAUCGGAGACGAUGGAGAGCAAAGCUCGCGGAUCGUGCUAUCAGUGGUCGGCUUUGCAGCAGACGGAAAUGCGCUCAAGGAACGCCUCGAUGCCAUCGUCAAGAUCUACAAAUACCAGCACGGCAAGCCAAUGAGUGUCAAGGCCUGCGCCCAGCGCCUGUCCACCAUCCUUUACCAGAAGCGUUUCUUCCCUUAUUACGUGCAUGCCAUCCUGGGCGGGAUCGACGAGGAUGGAACGGGUGCGCUGUACAGCUACGACCCUGUAGGCAGCUACGAGCGUGAGCAGUGCAGAGCCGCCGGUGCCGCAGCGAGUUUGAUCAUGCCGUUCUUGGACAAUCAGGUCAACUACAAGAAUCAAUACAUCCCGGGAUCCGGCGAGGGACUUGCGUUGGCAGAGAAGCCGAAAGAGAGCUUACCGCAGGAUAUCGUACUGGGCUUGGUCAAGGAUGCUUUCACGAGCGCCACAGAGAGACACAUCGAGGUCGGUGAUGGCCUGCAGAUAUUCAUCAUUACCAAGGAUGGCAUUGAAGAGCAGAUUGUACCCUUGAAACGUGAUUAG